AACACUGGCACUCAAAAUACCGUUCCGUUCGUUACUCUGUAUUUUUCUCUUGGCAACAUUAUACGUUUACUCGUGAAUAAUGUUUUUUCUUUCAUAAAUUUCGUUUCAUUCAUUCGUUUUUGUGUUGUGAAGACGUGUGUUAAGCUUUGUAUAUAUAGAAUAUUGCAAAAUAACUUAUCGUUAGUGUUAAGCACACAGUUUGUUUGUGAUUAUGUGACAAUAAACGAAAGUUCGGCUAUUCAUCAUGUUGUGAAGUCACUCACUGUGUACGUCUCAACAUCGUAGUAAUUCGUGGUAUUUACGAAUGUAUUUUAAUUAAUGUAUGGUCAGUGAGCGCUUCAGUGUUCUAUUAUUUAUUUGUCGAGAGUCGAGAGCGAACUGACACUCAUCGAAAUAUGCCAUGUACGCUCCGGAUCAUCUCCGACGGAAGGAAGCCAGAGAUGUUAUGUAUCGCAGUAACUCGAGUCUCGACUUGAUAUACGGCGAACAUCCGUCCGGAAACGGGUUGCGGCGCGAGUAUGGGAGUCACGGUUCGAUCGACGUGAUCGGGGGUGCGAGCGACAGGCUGCCCGCGAUGGUGCACAACUACAACGUGACAGAGAAGGCUCAGGGCUUGAGCGGCGACACCUCCGACGGCCCCACGCCCCGGGCCAGCGCCAGCCCGAAGCCUCGCCUCAAAUUCAAUAAGCUUUGGGGUGGCGCAGCUCCCACACACCGACAACCCAUGGACGAUGGAUCUCUUGACCGACCUGAAGGAAUCAAAAAACAACAGUUUGCUCACUAUGAUUGCCAAUCCUUGAUGGCGAACUUGAGUUAUGCAGCUGAGAUUAGAGGAGCACUGCUGAGCCGCAGGAGGAACACAACAACAGGGGCCUCGGCUGCUUCUCUAGCUACCCGGGGCCCUCCGCUGGGAGAAGACACUGUACCUGACAUAGGGGAUGGAAGAUCAAAUGAGUUGCUGGAAGCCUGUCCCUUCUUUAGGAAUGAAUUGGGAGGCGAAGAAGAGCGCUGCGUAUCCCUAUGCCGGCGGACAUCACGCGGUGCGAUCCCGGGACAAGCUGGCAGCUGGCACCGGCCUCGAGCGGCCUAUGGCCUCUCCGUCCUCGAGUUUCCGCCGGGCCACACUCACUGGCGGCAUGGGUGCCCGUUUGCGAACACACUGACGCCCCUGCCCGUCGAGAGCCAGGAUUUAGGAGCGCUGUACUAUAGGAACUACUUCUAUGGGCAGUCUCACCAAAACUGGUUCGGCAUGGACGAAACCGUGGGUCCCGUCGCGAUUUCCAUCAAGAAAGAGCGAGUGGAAUUAAGAAGAGGGGGGUCUGACGCGUCCACACCAGCGUCCCAACUAGCUUGGCAGUAUCGGCUGGUCGUCCGUACUUCGGAACUGUUGACGCUACGUGGGUCCGUGUUAGAAGACGCCCUGCCGAUCAAACCUAGCAACAAUACAGCUACUUACAACACUAAGGAGGUGCUGGAGUAUGUCGCUCCGGAGUUGCAGCUCAGUUGUCUCAGGCUGGGCACCAACGGCAGCGGCGCCGAAGAACAACUCCUAAGACUCGACGAACAAUGUGUCACGCGCUACUACAAAGUAGGAGUAAUGUACUGCAAGAGCGGCCAGUCCACCGAAGAAGAAAUGUACAACAACCAAGAAGCCGGCCCGGCCUUUGUGGAGUUCCUCCAGACGCUCGGACACACGGUUCGACUAAAAGACUUCGACAAAUACAAAGCGGGUCUCGACAAUCGCACAGACUCGACCGGCCUUUUCUCCGUCUACACAACUUACCAGAACUGCGAGAUAAUGUUCCACGUGUCAACUAUGCUACCCUACACGCCCAACAACAGGCAGCAGCUACUCCGGAAGCGGCAUAUUGGCAACGAUAUAGUCACUAUAGUGUUCCAAGAGCCGGGAGCGGCUCCGUUCACGCCGCGGAACAUUCGCUCGCAGUUCCAACACGUAUUUGUGGUUGUACGAGCGAUAGACCCGUGUACUGAGAACACGCAUUACAGCAUAGCUGUGAGUCGGGCGAAGGAAGUGCCUUUAUUUGGACCACCGAUCAAAGAUGGCGCUGUUUAUCCUAAGGGGGAGGCUUUUACGGAUCUGCUUUUGAGUAAGGUGAUUAAUGGCGAAAACGCAGCGAUACAAUCACCAAAGUUCAGCACGAUGGCCACACGCACUCGGCAGGAGUACCUCAAGGAUCUGGCCAAGAACCACGUGUCGGCCACCACGCUCGAGACCGGACAGAAGUUCUCAAUCUUCUCGUCGCUGCUAAUGAAAAGUGGCAGCAACAACAACACGGCGGUGCUGCCGCGCCUCUACAGCUGUCCCAACGACGUCCUCGUCGGUGGCGCCAUGUGCUUCCACGUUCAAGUUCAAGACGAAGGCGCGGGGGCGGUGUUGGACUGCAUGCUCGGCGUCUCACCCGACACCAUAGUGUUAGUGGAGGACAGCACGAGACAGGUCAUACUCGUCAUACCCACUAACACUCUGCUAGGUUGGGUGGUGAGCGGCGGUUGGACGCGCAUAUUCUACCACCGCGGCGAGUCAGUGCGCCUGCGCUCUUGUCCCGCCCUGCUGCGCCGCCUGGCCGGCGUGGCGCCGCCGCACGCCGAGCUGCUGCCCGAGCGGACCCUCGCCAGGGGAGCCGCCGCACAGCUGGGGUUCCACGUACAACCGGACGGUCUCAUAAUAGCGGUGGAGAGCGGCAGUACGGCGGACAAAGCGGGCGUAAAACGUGGCGCUCGCCUGCUGGAGGUGUGCCGCGCCGCCGUGGUGGCGCUGCAUCACGAGCAGCUCGUCGACCUGCUCAAGACCUCCGACCCCGUCACGGUGACAACAACGAACGCGUCCAGCUACAAGUGCCUCUGCGAGAGUCCCGGCGAGGAGCCGGCCGCGCCCGCACGCGGCGACGCGCAGCGCCCCGGCCGCGGCCGCCGCGCCUACGAGCGCGGGCACUCGCCGCCGCGGUCCGACAGCUCCGGAUACGGCACCGGUGGAUCGGGUCGCAGCGCGCGUCGCUCGCCGCAGUCGUCGCCGACGACGGAGAGCGUGCGGCGACGCUCGCACGACGCGUCGCCGCGCCACGCGCGCAACAAGCGCGCCUCCGCGCACGGCAGCCUCACGGACGAGCUAAUGCGGCUGAUGGACGCCGAGCUCGGCGGCGACGGUGCCGCGCCCGCACCCGGCCCGCUGCCGCUGCCCGACGCGGCCGCGCUCGACUGGGCCACGCUGGUGCACACCGCCACCCGCGCCAUGCUGCAGAUUUGCGAAGAACAUCAAUAUCCAUCCAUAGACAACCCUGAUCCUACUCUAGAACCUCUUCCAAGUGAACCGACACAUGACUCUUGGUCUGAACUACCAACAUCGGACGCUGUGCCGCCCCCGCCCUUGCCCUCGCCCCCGCCCCCGUCGGCCUCCCCCCUGGCGCCGUGCGCGUGCGGGCUCGCGGCGCGCGCGGCCGCGCUGGAGGCCGAGCGCGCCGCCGCCACGAGACACGCGCAGCAGCUGGAGGAGGAGGUCCGUCGCUUACGCCGUCACAACGCACGUCUACGAGAAGAAAGCGCCCGUGCCGUUUGGCAGCUGCGCCACUUCACGCAGUGGCUCAAACGGACCGUCGACCGGCAGUGAUCUGGCGUCUCGCUCGCUCCCACACCAGUGAUCUGCUGUCUCGCUCCUAUUCAACACGAGUGUACAAGUAACAUGACUCGAGGCUUAGGCAGCUGUGACACUUCACGCAGUGGCUUAAACGAACCGUCGACCGCCAGUGAUCUGCUAUCUCGUUCGCUCCUUCGCCAGUGGUCACCUGUCCCACUCCAACACGACGUUGAGUGUACAUGUCACACGACUCGCGAAGGCUGAGGCAGCGGCGGCACAAGCGGAUGGUCGAAAUGAUGUCCUGCUCACGCAAACAGCAGUCAUCUCGCUCCCACACCGGUAAACGCCCGUCCCGCUUUGGCAACAGCGUCAUCUAGUGUACAGGUAGCAAAGUAAAAUUCUACUCCUAGCACUCGGACUCUGGUAGUAUACUUGCGUAAAACUAUCGUAGCGGUCUUUAUGCUUUAAAUUUAGUUAUGACAGAUACAUAUGUAGAAUACAAAUGCGACCUGUUUCUAUUAACAGACUUUUUAUGUUUACUAGUAUCCUUGCCGUAAUUUUCCCACAGCGUGUCUUCCCGGAUAAAAAUACAUAACCAGGGACAUACGUUAAAAAAACAACAACGGUACAACGGCGCUUAUAGGCCUAAUCAAGGUCAUCAAAUAAUACGUAACGCAAAUUUUAGAAACCCCGCCCCCACUCCCCCUCCCCCCUGUAACGCGCCGUAACGUUUUCGUGUUUCCCCCCUCGCCACUACCUAAAGUUACGUAACACCCAACUGACCAUUUUUACCUGAAAGUCACAAUUAUGUUCAGCAAAGUAUAAUCAUACAAUUGAAGAAAUGAGCGAGCGUGUAUGAGGAAUGUUGUGAAAAUGAAGGAAGCGAAAGAAAAAUUUAAUAUCCUCCCGAUUAUAGUGGUGCAGGAAUACGUCAACUGGUGAUGUUGCUGGUGGUGAGGCCUGCGAUUAUUUUAAGGCCGUUCCAUCGGUUCGCCGCUGUCACUGUCACAUUUCGCAAGAAAGAACGGGAAAGAUCAUGCGCGCUAAGGGUCAAUUUUGAUCGAAUUUUGUCGAUUUUUAUUUAUUUUAAAAACGUUACCUUACAAUAUCGAAAUUCGAAAGCUAUGAAAUUACUAUUUAAGUUAAGAUUGUUUUUUCUUCUUUUUUUGUUUAUAGUAUUACAUAAUAAAUAACCGAGUAAAGUUGGAUUAAAAGUCCGAGUUAGAGGUUACUUUGGGAAUUAAUUGUAUCUAGCUAAGUGUCAUAAUUCAUAUAUCGGAAGCUAUCAUAUUAAAGUUAAUAUAGUCAAGAUUUACAUAUAUUUUUUUCACGUCUACGAAUAUCAACGCCUUUUAGAAAAACAUGAUCAUAUAAGGAGAUUUUUCGCCUUCUGGCUCAGGGAACCGCCUUAAAGUAAUAACAUAUUUAUUCGGUAUUCCAGAUCUACGUCCAUCUUGCCAAACACGCCACGGUCCAUUGGUUACGUUGUACGGAUAAACCAAGUAUUAGACUACAAUCUAAAAAAUUGAUAAGAUCACAGAUUAAUUUACCUGAUUGACACACCGUAUUUGCAAUUUUUGAUAAUAACAAACUGAUAUUUUUGCACAAAACAUGUUUGUGUUAGGUAAUUAGUAGAAAAUAAUUUAAAAACCUAAUCUUGUCGGAUUAAUUUUUAAUCUACAUGAGACAGUUUAAUUUCCUGCUUAACUUAUCAAAAUAAUUAAUCAAUUACAAUGUACGUAGUACCUUCACGCUCCGCGAUUGUUGCGCCAUUUAGGCUCCUAGCUAAAUUGGUUGUUCAAUACUUACGCUAUAGAAUCUCCUAUGCUAAGAACCCUAAAUGGCAUAACAAACCCGUGUGGCGACUACAUAUGAAUCACGUAAUCUAUACAGGCUGGCUAAAAAAUAAGUACAUUUCCGUUGUCAGAGUGGUUUUGGAAUUAUACUGAGCAACUUUUACUAUGGGACCAACCACGAAAUGGUCUUCGUUUGUUCCACACCUAUUGAAAGCGACACUGUGUACAGAUGUAGUACAUAAUUAUUUUCUAUCGUAUUUUCAAGGAAACGUAGGAACUAUUUCAGUCAUACGGUACAAAAUGUACUAAGGUUGACUGGAGUAACAAAUACGAACUUUUCCGAGAAAAUACGAAGGAAAACAAUUAUGCACUACAUCUGUAUGUAUACUUGCUGGGCCGAUUUUUGUUUUGUUAUCGUUAGAUUUGGAUAAAAUUUGGCUGGCUUGAAGAGCUUUUUAUUCU